ACCUCUUGAGAAAAUGAUAUGCUCAUCUUCACCUCAGAGUCUGUUUCCCAAGGAAAUCAACCUGAGACAAAGAGGUUGUGCUGGAUACCAAAAAAGGCAGGGAAACCCCUUGUCUUCUAGGGGCCACACCAGUCAUGGAUGAAUCGAAUUAUUUAUAUAUACUACUACGUACCAAAUGGCCUUACUAUCCUGAGAGCAGUGAGAGUCCACAAAAGCGUUUAUGCCAAAGAGGUGUAUAAUCAGAUCUGUGUUUUGAAAGAUAUGGAUAAAGAAAGAGGAAAAGAUUGUAGGGCAGGGCAGGAGAAAUGGGAGUAGCCUGAUUAGGAGGUAAUCAUUUUCCUUUAUGUAGAAGAUGACGGUGGAUACAGAGAACUAGAUUUAAAACAUGUUUAGGAGGUAAAACUAACAGGGUCUGAUGGGGAAUAGAUAUGAGUGGAUAAGUGAGGAUGAAGAGCAUGGGUUUCUUCUUGGUUUAACCAAAUGGAUAAAUUAUAUGCCACAUACUGAACAGGGUUGGGCAGGAGAAAGGAAUGUCUGAGCGUAGAUCAUGAAUUCAGCCUUGAAUGUUCGAGGUGCAAAGUGAAGAUUUCCAGGUCAAAGGAUAUACAAGUCUGUAUAAUGGGCUCAAGAUGAUUCAGUUACUAAGAAAUGGGAUCAAGAUUUGAACCUAAAAUGUAUCUGGUUCCAAAGCCAGUGCUCUUGACCAUUAUGCCACCAUAAAUCCCUCCCUCUGAAGUCUUCAGAGCUCGAUAGAAGGUGUGAAGAUGGCUGGAGGUGGAAGGAAGCGUAGGAUGAUGGAGGCUAGAGAUAAGAGGCUGUCCAGUUUUCAGCAGGGUCCAUUGUUGGGUUUCCAGUUCCUUACUACAGAGCUAGCCCCAGACCCAGCACAGACAGGAGAGAGGCAGACCUCACUUUCCCAGAGCACAGACAUCCAGGCCUCUCCAGGACCACACUGACACCGAGCAGGCUCCAAGGGCCACCGUGAUGCCUGUCCUUGAUUUCCCAUCCUACUCACAUCUGCCCUCCCUUCUGCUGGCUCUGCUGCUGAAACUCACAGGAACUUCAAGUGAAGAUUUCCAGGUGAACCAGCCUGAGAGUUCAGUGUCAGCCAAGGCUGGAGAUGUCAUAACCUUGGGCUGCAACAUUCCUGCACCAUCUCCAGUAGGGCCUGUUUUGUGGUUCAAGGACGCUAAGCUAGAACGAAAAUUAAUCUAUAGUUUCAAUGGACGCCGAUUCCCCCGAGUAUCCCAAGUGGUAAAUCCAAUGGCCAACCAAACAGACUAUUCCAUCCGCAUCAAUGAUGUGUCGCCUAAGGAUGCUGGCAUGUAUUACUGUGUGAAGUUAACAAUAGGGCAUCCUGACAUGGCAUAUAUAGCUGGCCCAGGCACCUAUGUGUCUGUGAGUGGAGCCACAAAUGAGAUGUUCAACGUGCAGCAAGCUGAGAUAUCACAGACUGUGUCACCUGGGGAAACGCUCACUUUGAGUUGCAGCGUACCAGAUUCAUUUCCAAAUGGACCCGUCUUAUGGUUCAAGGGGACUGGACCAAAUCGUGAAUUAAUUUAUAAUUUCCAAAGGGGUCUCUUUCCCAGAGUAAACCAAGUUGGAAACAUGGCCAAAGCUGGCAACAAAGACUUUUCCAUUCGCAUCAAUGAAAUCUCUCUUAAAGAUGCCGGCAUGUACUUCUGUGUGAAGUUCAAAGAGGGAAAACCUGACAUAGAGUACCAAUCAGGUCGGGGCACCAAGGUGACUGUUACUGGAACAAGAAAUAAUUUUGUCCCGGAUACUCCAGGCAGACAUUUUUUGGCUACGAAGGGAACCAACUUGAAUAAAAAUCUACUCUAGAGAAGUGCAAAAAUGUAAAGAAUGUGGGUUGACAACACUGAAUAUCUGUAUUGUUCCGGAUUCCAACCCCAGCUCUGGACCUCCAAAUAUAGGAGAGAAAACCUCUCCUUUAAGCCUGUUUGCUAAAGUCAGCACUGUUCUAAUGGAUGCCAACUGAUAAAAAGCAUCCAUAGAGCAUUGAAGUACAAUUUCAAGUCAGUUUUUUCUGCUUCUAGAGUCUUACUGUAUUUUGUUUUUCUAUUUUAUUAUGACCUCUGAGCUAUACCCAGCCCGAGGAAUGAUUAAAUUGGUGAUAUGAAAACA